AUGUGCUCAACAAACCGUUGCGCGCCGUUAAAGAAUCUGCUCUGCGGAAGCAAAUAUGAAGGCGAUUGGUCAAGUAGCAUGAACUGGAUGCAUGGCUAUGGUACAUACACCUUUCCCGAUGGCAGCACCUAUCAAGGCCACUUUAGGAAUGGCAAAUUCCAUGGUUUUGGAAUUGUAUUUUUGGCAAAGCCGUACAAUUUCGUCAUUAAGGGUAUGUUCAAUCACGGCUCGAUCGAUAGCAUCAAUGAUAUGUGCUUUGCGGAUGGGUUACAUGUGACAGCUUCUCUGCACGGUUUUCAGAUGGACUUUAGCGAAUGGGUUUAUUGCAUUAAUGGCGAUCGUCGAUACAUGCGCGAGCGUUUGGAAGGCUUAUGUCCAGUUGGGCCAACCGCUUCGCUAAGUGCCAAUCCGCCGGAUAGACCCUUAAGCGAAGGGUGUUAUGAUGUCGGAGAAGGAAUAUAUCUUUCCAAAACUUAUUUCAUUAGCGAUAGACCUCCGCCUUUCCGGCUAUGA